AUGGCCCCCAACUGCAUCAUGGCUUAUGGACAUCAAUAUGGCCUCAGGCUGAAACACAGACCACAGAUAUCCAUAUGGCCUUCAGUGGUAACACAGGCCAUAGGCAUCAGCACUCACCCUGGCUGCAGUAGGACCAUGGAUCCAGACAAAGAUCUUGGUGGCAGCACAGACCCAGACACCACAAAGACCUCAGGUGGUAGUGCAGGCCAUGAAUGUCAACAUGGGCCCAACAACAUGGGCUUUUGGACAUCAAUGUGGCUUCAGGCUGCAGCACAGACCAUUGCUAUCCAUGUGACCUUUGGUGCUCUGGCCCGCUGGCCCGCCUCUCAGGUGUACCAGGUCCAUGUGAGCCAGUGGAAGGCUCGCAACAAUUUGGCGCCCAGACUGGGACCUGAAGAAGUUCAGGAAGACGCUGAAGGAACGCUGUUGUGUGUGGAGCUCCACGGGAAGAAAAAGAAAAGGAUCGCAUCGGAGACCGAAGCAACAGAAAGAAAGAAAGAAAGAAAUGAAUCAGUCCUCAGUUUUCAAGAGUUACCUCGAGCAAGAGGAGUAGGGCUCGAAGUACAAUUGUUAGAAAAUCUUCUAGAUAGAAUAGAUUCUUGUUGCCCAUGGUUCAAGGAAGAAGAAACUUCAGAUAUCAGAACCUGGGAGAAAAUUGGAAAAGCCUUGAAAAUCACUCAGGCAGAUAAUUUCACCCUUUGUCUCUGGGUGCUUGUAAAAGAUGCUAUUGAAAAGGUGAUCUCACAGGGGUUAGAUGGUACCCAGGCAGAGCUUGAUGAAUCUCAGGAAGAGCGCCUCUCAGAAAAGGGUCCUCUCAACUCUAAAUUUGAUAGAUAUAGAGACGCUGAUGAUGAGCUAAUUUUAGACAAAGCAAAUCACUCAGAAACAGGAGGUGACAAAUACUCUGAGGAGGAUUGGCCUCCUUGCAAGUCUCCUGCUCCACCAGCCUCCACCAUGGGAGAUGCUACUCAUAGGGACACGCAACUAAGCAAAUUAGAGUUUGAAGUUAGGCUGCAAAAAUUGACUAAUGAGCUUUGGGAGCUAAAAAGGAUGUCAGAUACAGGAAGGAGUAACUCUUCUGAAAUGUACCAAGCGCCUCUAGGAAAAGCUGUGAGUCAGGCUCGUGGGAGAGGACAGGAUAUUUCUGAUGUGCUAGCCUUUCCUGUCAUGGAAGUAAUUGACCAGCAAGACACUAGAGUCAGAUAUUACCAGACUUUGGAUUUCAAGUUGAUAAAGGAGUUAAAAACAGCUGUUGUGCAAUACAGUCCUUCAGUCCCUUUCACACAAGCAUUACUGGAUAUGGUCGUAAAGUCACACUUACCCCCCCUAGAUUGGAAAACUCUAUGUAAGGCCACCCUGUCAGGAGGAGAUUUCUUACUUUGAGAUUCUGAAUGGCGAGAUGCCAGUAAGAAAACUGCAGGUUUAAAUGCUGAGACCAGUAAUCUAGACUGGGAUAGGAACAUGCUUCUGGGAGAAGGUCUGUAUGAGGGCCAGGCUAAUCAGAUUGGUUUUCCUGUUGGAGUGUACGUGCAGAUUGGUGGCUGGGGACAGUUAUCGGUUAGAGGGGAUGUUGGUGGGAGUUUAGCCAGCAUUCGGCAGAGUUCUGAUGAGCCUUACCAGAACUUUGUGGAUAAGCUAUUAAUAGCAGCUAGUAGAAUCCUUGGAAAAUCUUACACGGGCAGUCCUUUCGUUAUGCAAUUGGCUUAUGUGAAUGCUAACGCAAUGUGUCGUGCUGCUAUCCAGCCGCACAAAGGACAAACAGAUUUAGCGGGAUAUGUCCGUCUCUGUGCAGAAAUCGGGCUGGACCGCGUACAAGCAAUGUUGCUGAGGAAACGAGGAAAUAAUGCAUGUUUUAAGUGUGGAAGUUUGGGUCAUUUUAAAAGUGAUUGUCCUAAGAACAAAGGUGCUGAGAGUGGGCAAGUAGGCUGUGCCCCAGGAAUUUGUCCCCAGUGCAGAAAGGGCAACCACUGGGCUAAGGUGUGCAAAUCCAAGUCAGGCACUCUGGGCCAUCUGUUGCCGGGAAACGAGAGGAGGGGCCAGCUCCAGGCCCCGACUUACUCAUAGAAAACAGCUUAUGGGGCUAUAAACCUCCUGCCCAGCCAAAGAGAUCAGUUUUUGAACUUGUCAGGGCAAAACCAGGAGGUGCAGGAUUGGACCUCUGUUUCUACUGUUGUGAGGAAGGUCCAUGACCAAAGGCAAGUUGAGGAGGAGGGUGUAUUUCAUCUUAUAACUCUCAUGUCACAUUCUGUCACUAAAAGAAGUCAAGCAGGAGAUCAAUGCAGGAACCAUGUGGCAGAGACUGAUGCAGACCAUGGAGCGGUACUGCUCACUGGCUGGCCUCUCAUGGCUUGCUCAGAUUGA